AUGGCCGACGAAGUCCCAAGAAGAGCGAUGUGGGCCGGGCUUCGCUCGCAGCUCAUCAAGCUCACGUCCCAAUUCUUGACGAGCGUCGACGACUAUCUCCGAUUCCGCGCCGUCUGCAAGUCCUGGCGCUCCGCCGUCCCCCACCGGCCCGAUCACCUCCCCACUCAGCUCCCUUUCCUCCUCCUCGUCUCCACCUCCGAACCAAGAAUCGGACCCGCCUUCCGCCUCACCGCCGCCUCCGCCGGUAAUGUUCGCCCGCUACCUAACACAGCCAAAAUGUCCUGCAUUGGCACCUCCUUCGGCUGGCUUAUCCUCAUCUGCAUGAAAGACCGUUUGAUCAACCUCUUCAACCCCGUUACCGCCGAGGACAUUCGGCUUCCCUACCUUGCUGGUCUUUCGUUAACUGAUGAGGUGUCGGCUGCUGGUAGGCCCUUGAUUGUCAUAGAGAAGGCUGUAUUAUCCUCCGAUCCCACGCUCGACCGGGACUUCGUGGCGGUCCUCUUCACACGCGCAGUGAACAUUAGAUGGUUUACGUGGCGCCAUGGUGACGAAUCAUGGACGGGAGACGCGCAUCCUCAGGUGCAACUUACGUUACGGAUGCGCGACGUCGUUCCCUACGGCAACCGGACACUGUGCGCGAUAUACGGCGACAAUGACUACUGGGCGGUCCUCCAGGUUGACCCAGGCCCGCCGGGGAGGGCGACGAUCACCGCAUGGUACCCCAUGCCGUCCUGCGUGCCGCGAACUUAUCAUCCCACCUACUUGGUUGUAUCGGCUGGAGAACUGCUGCUGGCUGCGUGCCAUUACAACAACAACGGGACUGCAAAUUGGAAGAUCACCCUCAGAUUCCGUGUCUUCAGGCUGGAGCCAGGCGGCAUAAGCAGGCCGGCGGUGGCCGUCGAGGUGGAGGAUAUCCACGACCGUAUAUUGUUCUUGAGCCCAAGCUCGUCCGUGUCAGUCAGCGCUGAGGACUUCUUAGGGUUCCACGGGAAUGCCAUCUACUUCGCCGCCAAAGAUCAGCGUGAGGAGAUUCAAAAUAGGCGGGUGUGUUUUGUCUGCGUCCUGAGCUUAGAAAGUGGUGAGACCACCAGGGUUGUUGAUUCGAACAUGCCUGAUCAGAGGAGGCUAAGGUGGCGGACGCAGUUGUUGGACGUCCCCCGAUGGGUGCCGCCCAAUCUGCGCAGCUACAACCGGUGA